AGACUUAAGAAUGAAUGUGAGCUACUGUAAUAUCAUCCAAGCGGCUGCAUGAGAGUUAAGUGAAUGCAGAUGCUGGGACAGAAACUGUAUGGACCCUUGGUGGAGCAGCAGGCCCUGCCCAGAGCUAGAGUUACACAGUAACCCGAGAGUGUGUGGGGCGGGACAGGAGGGAGCAAAGCAACACAAGAGACUGAGUGUGUGUGCGCAAGUGUGAUGUGAGUCGCAUUGGGAGAAAAAAAUAAUAAAAGGAAGAAAAUUAAAGGGGCGUGUAUGUUUGGGGAAGAAGGGGACUUGAGAGAGUGAGGGGGGAGUUCCCAAAGUUUUCAAAGAGAGCGGCACACAGUCACACACACACACACACACACACACUAACAUGCACACAGUUGUUCAGGUUGAGAUGCAGACUGCACACGUGUUGAUCUUGUGAGUGUUUCAUUAACUUCACUUCCCCGGAUUGAUGGUGGACCUUUGGACCUGACGGAGCAAGAGAAGACAAGAGAAGAGAAGAGAAGAGAAGAGAAGAGAAGAGAAGAGAAGAGAAGAGAAGAGAAGAGAAGAGAAGAGAAGAGAAGAGAAGAGAAGAGAAGAGAAGAGAAAAGAAGAAUGGGUUAGGAAAAUCAAUGGACAGACCAAACACCUUCCAGUUGAGGACAUGGGACUAUCUGUGGGGUUGCUGCUGCGGUUGGGUCUUCUGUUCACUGCUGUGUGCGUGUGUGUUCACGUCUACCUGAGGACAGGAUGGUGGAGAACACCUGCACCCCCCGGUUUGGGACGUCCCAUCCAGACUCAUCAGAAGUUGGGCAAACACGGCAGAGCCAGUGGAGUCUCUGCAGAGGGACAGGAACAGGACAGGAGCAUUAAACGGAGAAUCUCUUAUGUUCGGACGCUGAAAAAGGAAGGUUCAGCGAGGAAGAGAGAUGAAGAAAGUGAGGUCCUCUCACCUCCAUGCUGCCCCCGUCUCCGCUCACACAGAAAGACUCCUCGGUGGCACAUAGACCUGGAGCCCUGGGCCAGUGAGAGUCAUUCUCUGGAGGCAGAAGCCAAACGGUUCCUCAGCUACAUCACAACACCACAGGUGUUGUGUUCGUCGCUGGGUGGUGAGGAAACUGCUCAAGAAGAGACCACAGGCCCGUGGGCUGUUUGUCUGGACCCCAAGUACAGCCUGAGCCACAGGAUACAGAGCAAACACUGCAGGGUCUACUCUUUUGGGUUGGGGGCGGAGGACCGCUCACUGGAGCAUUCCUUAGCCAGGUCAGGAUGUGAGGUCCACUGCUUUGAUCCCAGCCUGAAGCAGCCACACCUGCAGCAGGAUGAAAUGUGGCUCCACCGGCUCUCUGUCGACUGGAGGGAUCCAAACCCCGCCAUCGUGGCCCAGCGUCCGUACGCCAACACGAAGAAGCUGGCCACCAUUCUGAACGACUUCGGACACAGACAGGUGGAUGUACUGAAGGCAGAUAUGGAGAGUGCAGAGUGGAAGAUUCUGGAAAACCUGGUUCUGGAGGGAGUUCUGGACUCGGUGGGUCAGAUGCUGCUGGAGCUUCACCUGCACUGGGCCGGUUUCGAGGUGGGCGGCGAUGACCCCUCCGUGGUGCGGUACUGGUUCAGUCUGCUCAGAGAGCUGGAGCGCGCCAACUUCCGUCUCUUCCACGUGCACAGCGACCAAGCCAAACCGCAUCUCUUCCUGCAUAAGAACAUCCUCAAUGCCAGCAGCUCUUACACGUUGAGCUGGGUGAACACACAGUGGAAGCCUUGAGGGGUGAGAAACCAAGAUAGCCCAAAAAAAGUACUUGACUGGAAUGGCCACUGUAUGAUGAAGACAAAUUUGUUAAUGUUCAUUGAGGAAAAAAAGUAUGUGGCUAGACUAGAAUAGACUUUCUUUUAUGGCUUGACCUUUUUGUAAAGCUAAAAACCCAUUUGCCGAUUUAUCCUCCUCCUUCUGUGGCCUGUAAUGACCUCACUCAUAGAGAGAGUCAGAGUAAUUGCCUCCAGAGGACCUUUCUGUGUUCUACCUCACAGUGGCUGUGUUGCUGGCUGCAGGUCAGCCUCUGAGUCACACUCACCCACAUCACUGUGGUCCUAUCUGGACUUCGCCAACAGCCUGAUAGAAGAUCUUUCCAGAUUACACUAUUCUACACACUAUUCUACCUGCAAAAUAGAACAGAACAUGUCACAAAAAGGAAAAAUGAAGGUUGGGGAGGUGAGAGCUGCUCUUUAAGUGAAAUACGAUGAAUGGAUAUUUUUCUGAAGAGGAACUCCGUAAGAAGCCAUUUGAAGGAGGAUGAGUGACAUCAAUAAGAAAUGUUUAACUCAAAAAACUGUUUUGUGCACAGUGCUUUACAGAAGAAAACAAUUUCUCUCCAUUCAAAGAAGCUUUUUUGUGUAAUUGUCAGGCCUAAUUAUAUAUUUGUGUGUUUUGAUCCUCCAAUAACAGUGCUACACUAUUGUCUAAUAAAGCAAA